UGAACGAAACAAUAAAUAAAAGGGGCGAUCUUUGCCAAUAAAAGUUUAUAACAGAAAACUGUAAUACACAACAACCGGUUGUCUGGAUGACAUUUCUACACGGAACGAAGAUGCACUAGCACCGAUAGGUUUCAGCGAAUUGGCGCGAAAAUCUAGCGUGCCUUUUCAUGUUGUCAUUGAUGUGUUGUGUUUGCUUGGGCUGAGAGGCAACAGUCAUUAAUAUACAAAUACGUUCACCCAGAUAUUUGUGUUUAACAAUUUAGAAGUAUUUAUUUAUCGGUGAUAUUAAUGAAGUUCGACUGAAAUAAUGCCCAACAUUAGCCAACCAGUAAGCAUGAUGCAGACAUCACCUGCAGCAUCGACUGAAGAAGAGGAUGUUGGCAAGGGAACUAACAUCUCUGCAGAGGCUGUCACUGAAGUCAAAAUACGUCUUGAAGAAGAAGAAGAAGACGGUGGUGGUGGUGGUCAUGUGACGAUGGAGAAAAAGAGUGUUUCACCAUCCAAGCCUCUCAACGUUGCUGUGGAACCAUCAGAAGACGCUCACAUGUCUUUGAAACUAAAUGGAACUACUGACUGUGAUAAUGAUAACACAUCCAACAGUAUUGAAGAUAAAAUUUCGCCAAAGAAAGAAAUCGAAUGUCCUUUGACUGAUGGAAGUGAUAUGGCAUCUGAAAAAAAUCCCCAAGAAAAAACGGUGAAAGAGACUGAGACUAAAGAGACAAACACAUCAGUGAUGAUAACUGCUGACAUGAUGAAGGAAGAACAGCUGCUGCAGCAGGAUUCAAUUGAGGCAGAGCAGAAGCUGAAGGAAGAACAGGAAGAGUGCUGGAGUCAAAUGAAUGAGAUGGCUCGGAAGGUGAGGUACCAGCGUUUACAGAUUCUCCUGGACAAAAGCAAUGCUUACACACAAUAUCUUUUGGGGCGCAUCAAGAAACAAGAGAAAGAAGAGGAACACAGAAGAAAGAUGGUGGCCAAAUUGAUUCAGAAACGCCACAGAGAGAAGGCUCAACGGGUGAAUGGUCCAAAUGCUAAGGAACCAGAGGAAGAAAGUGAAGUCAAUGAAAGUGACACCAAUUCUACAUCUGCAAAGAAAAGGUUGGCUGGUAGUCCAGAUCAGAAUAAAGAUGCCAAAAAACCGAAAUUAUCUGAUACUGCAGAAUCUUGUAGCAGUGAUGCCACUAUUGACCAAGUUAUCAAAACUGAAGAUGAGACUACAGAUGAUAUUUCAAAGAUGGACAUGUUAUUGAAUGAAGAAGAUAUAGCAUUAGCUGAACGGACCUUCAAUGGACAACUGUUGCCACUGAAUCAGCCAAAGCUACUUGUGGGUGGUGUGCUCCGACCCUAUCAAAUGGAUGGAUACAACUGGCUUAAGAUGUUGUAUGAGAAUGGUGUAAAUGGUAUAUUGGCUGAUGAAAUGGGCCUUGGUAAAACCAUCCAGUGUAUAGCCUUGGUGUGUCACCUUGUAUCAAUGGGGGUCACAGGACCUUAUUUGGUCUGUGCACCUCUCUCCACACUACCAAACUGGGUGUCUGAAUUCAAGCAAUUUGCACCUCAGAUCCCUGUAGUGUUGUAUCAUGGAGAUCGUGCCACGAGGUCAGCAUUGCGCCAGAAACUCCUCACUGAGAAAAAACUCGAUGAGAACACUUACAUUCUGCCGGUCAUCGUUACAUCGUACCAAAUCAUUAUGAAUGACCGUAAACUGCUGUCGCACAUAAACUGGAAAUAUUUGAUUAUUGAUGAAGGCCAGCGCAUUAAGAACACACACUGUCGUCUGAUUAGUGAGCUGCGUUUAUACAACACAACACAUCGGUUGCUGUUGACUGGGACACCUCUGCAAAACAGUCUGUCAGAACUUUGGUCACUCCUCAACUUCCUUCUACCUGAGCUGUUUGAUGAUUUGAGAAGUUUUGAAUCUUGGUUUGACAUAGAACGCAUUGGACAAGAGAAUGCUGAUGAAGAAAUUGUUGCUAGUGAAGAAAAAGACCACAUUCUCUCAAUGCUCCACCAAAUCCUCACUCCUUUUAUGCUGCGACGUCUCAAGUCAGACGUGGAAUUGGUCAUACCCCCCAAGAAAGAAGUGCUUGUUUUCUGUCCUCUUAGCAAACUUCAGCAGACUUUCUACAAAGCAACUUUAGACAAUACCAUCGAGGACUUGCUCUAUAAAAAGGAGAAAGAUAAAGAGGUCAAGGUGAAUAAGAAGGGUCGUCCAGUUCGGCAAUCAAAUGGGAAGAAGACAGAAGAGAGGGAUGACAAGUCGACUUCCCUCUCAGAUUCGCGGAUAAAUUUGAAGAUGAACAAUAUAAUGAUGAUUUUAAGGAAGAUAUGUAAUCAUCCCUACCUCAUAGAACAUCCUCUUGACUCUAAGACUGGUGAGUUGGCACUGGAUGAAGGUCUUGUGAAGAACAGUGGUAAAAUAGCUAUGCUGGAUUGCAUGCUGCCGGUGUUAAAGAAAAAUGAUCACAAGGUGCUGAUCUUUUCUCAGUUUGUUCAGGUGUUGAAUAUUUUGGAAGACUAUUGCUACCUCAGAGAUUUUGAAUACUGUCGUUUGGAUGGUAGCAUGAACUUUGAAGAGAGGCAAGAGCAGAUGGAUUGCUUCAAUAACGAUAAAGAAGUCUUCCUGUUCCUGUUGAGUACCAGAGCUGGUGGUCUUGGAGUGAAUUUGGUAUCUGCAGACACUGUCAUCAUCUUUGAUAGUGACUGGAAUCCUCAGUGUGAUAUACAAGCUCAGGACAGGUGUCAUCGUAUUGGUCAAGUAAAACCAGUUGUAGUUUACAGGUUAGUGUCACGAAACACGAUUGACCAAAGAAUCGUCGAAAGAGCCACAGCCAAACGAAAACUUGAGAAGAUGAUUAUUCACCAAGGGAAAUUUAAGAGUGGUAUAAAGAAUUUCAGCACCAGUUUAUCAGCAAUUAGUCCCCAAGAGUUAAAAGAACUUCUGCAGUCUUCAGAACAUGAAGAAAUCUAUGAAGGGAAGAACAGUUCGAGCGUGAUCAGUAAAGCAGAUCUACAGAAGUUAUUAGACCGAUCGGACUUCCUUGACAAACAGAAGAAGACAGGCCACAAGAAACCAAAUGAAACCUGCAAAGAAGUAGCUGGAGUCUUUAAAGUUAUUGAAACUGAAGAGAAUUCUUCUAAGUUAUCCAAUAUUAUUGACUUAAAGAACAAAGUGUUAGACACGGAAGUUUGUUAAUAAUUCAAUCAAAAACACACAAAAGUGAGAAGAUGAACCUUUAGCAUGCUUAAGGACAUCAUUGUGCCAUAUGAGUUGUCUCCCUUGUAAGCUGUAUGUGUGUUGUCACUUUGGGAGGGGAGUACACUCAUACGGUGACAUGCUGCAUCUACAGCAUGCUAAAGGUUAAAUUCAUUUGUUUAAAACUAAGUCACCAAACCAUUUGUCGUUUGUCAUUUCCUGCUAUUCUCAGCCUUUAUCAUCAUUUUUUAAAAAC